AUGGCGGCCAUUCCAGUGGUGGAUUUUGCACUAUUUGUGGAAGACAAAGCUGGCACAGAUAUUGCUAGGAAACGCCUGGAAUCACUGGCAACAAUCAACAAAGCGUGUAGGGAAUUCGGUCUGUUUCAAGUGAUUAACCAUGGUUUGGAUUCUCUCCUCUUGAGCAAGGUACUCCAAAACGCUCACAGCUUCUUUGAGCUCCCUCUGGAGUACAAGUGCAAAUUUAGCACUCCCAACAACGGAAUGGGUUUCGUUCACGGAAGUGGUGCUAAAGGAGGACCUCCUGAUCGAAAGGAACAUUUCAUGUUUGCUGCGGAAGAUAAGUCCACCUUGUGGCCAGAUCUAGUACCAAGCUUCAGGAGCUCCCGACGAAACUGCUUUGACAAGAAUGAAGAUUACUUCAACUUUCUUCACUAUCCAGGUUGCUCUGACUACCAGGGCCAAGUUCUCGCCCCUCAUCAAGACGGUACCAUCUUCACCAUAGUGUCACAACUUAAUCGUGUUCCUGGUUACCAGGUUCUCAAAGAUGGGACUUGGCAUCUUGUAGUGCCAGUAGAAAAUUCACUAAUUAUCAACCUUGGAGACAUCAUACAGGAGGAGUAUUUGAAGUUGCGUUUUGAGAACAAGAGGUUGGGAAACAACUUCGAGAAAAACAUCACUAUUGAUUAUUAUCUUGUUGAUUAG